AUGAACCUCGUGCUAGCCCUCGCCCCAGCGGCCCUCGCACGCGUCGCCUGCUGCUUGGCACCUCCUGCCGCGGGCAUUGCACCAGAUCGGUGCCGGCAAUCCGAUACCGAACCCACUUGCUGUUCAAAAAAUACCUUUGAGAGCUGCGCAGGUCGAGGCACUUUCAGAUGGGCUUUUGUCUAUCCGAAUUUUGGGUGUUGGGAAUCGAACCUGCGGUAG